CGCCGCCGCCACCGCUGCCGCCGCCGCCUUUCUGUCUCCUCUCUCCCUCCGUACUGGACUCCGGUGCAUUUCCGGCCCGGGGGGAAUUUGGGCGUAGAGCGGGCCCGGGUGCGCGGGGGGCUGCGGCCGGCCCGCGGGGUGGGCGUGCGUUCGCUGAGGUCUCCUCCGUGCGGCCGCCCGAAGCCGAGCAGGCGCCAUGGCAGACGUGAGUGUGGAUCAGUCCAAGCUGCCGGGCGUGAAGGAAGUGUGUCGAGAUUUUGCUGUCCUGGAGGACCACACCCUGGCUCAUAGCCUGCAGGAACAAGAGAUUGAGCAUCAUUUGGCAUCAAACAUUCAGCGGAACCGUCUGGUCCAGCAUGAUCUGCAGGUGGCUAAGCAGCUCCAAGAGGAAGAUCUAAAAGCCCAAGCUCAGCUCCAGAAGCGAUACAAAGACCUUGAACAACAGGACUGUGAAAUUGCUCAAGAAAUUCAGGAGAAGCUGACUAUAGAGGCCGAGAGACGACGAAUUCAGGAGAAGAAGGAUGAGGACAUAGCACGUCUUUUGCAAGAGAAGGAGCUACAAGAAGAGAAAAAGAGGAAGAAGCACAUUCCAGAGCCUUCUGGGGGCCGUACUUUUGGGGAUAACUACUAUCAUGAAGAUGGAGACCAGCCAAGGUCAAGGAGGGCCAGGGAAAUGGGAAACUCAAGGUUUUAUAGACUCCAAAAUGAUGGAAACACUGUAAAGCAGAAGAAGGGGAAAUCAAGGCAUCUAUUGGAGAACUUGGAAGAGAUGGAGGAACCAUGUUCAUCAGAGAGAUCUCUGCCUUCUAGCUCAGGCAGAGGGAGGGGUGAUGCCCAGAAUUCCAGUGAUCAGCAUGAAAGAAAGCAGACUGGUCAAGAGAGGCUCCGGAAACCUCCACUUCCGAAGAUCAGUGGUGAGGUAUUUCUGAGCACUGACUCUGAUGACUGGGAGGCUAAGAGUAGCCCUCGAACUCGGAGUUGGGAAAAACAGUCCCGACACCAUGGCAGACUUUCACCCAAGUCUUCACAGAAAACAGGGCUUCCCUCUGAUGAAAUUGUGUGUGGGAGGGAACUUGGGCAAGGUGAUCACAGAGAACGGAGACAUAAGCCCAGGACUCCUCCCUUCUCAGAGGAUGAAGAACUUCGACACCACCAUGAUGCAGGAAUGAAACCAAGAGGAAUAAAAGAAGCUGUCUCUCCUCCCACACGAGUGAGCCCCAGGGACCAGGAAUGGUAUGAUGCUGAAAUUGCCCGAAAAUUGCAAGAGGAAGAACUUUUGGCUACUCAUGUGGACAUAAGAGCAGCUCAGGUUGCCCAGGAUGAGGAAAUUGCUCGACUUUUGAUGGCUGAAGAAAAGAAAGCUUACAAGAAAGCUAAAGAGCGAGAAAAGUCAUCUUUGGACAAAAGAAAACAUGAUCCUGACUGCAAGUCAAAAUCAAAGUCAGCACACUCAAAAUCAAAAGAGAGUGAAGAAGCAUACCGUUCCAAGACUGACAGGCCGUCAAGACCUCCACCACCUACAGGGAUGGACCCUGUGGAUCUGGACCACACGCAUCUUACAAACCAGCACAGUGCCACUCGUCAUUUCUCAAAGGCGGAGCCCUCACAUAGAGGUUUCCAUAAUAAGCAGUAAAAGAAAACAAACAAAAAAUGGAAUCUGCCUUGAAAAUGGACUUGCUGUAGCACAUAUGAACUGAACAAUACCAAGUGCAUUCCACACUGGCUGUCCUUCUGUGCCAUUCCUGGAGUUACUCUCAAGUGUUUUCUAACUAUAAACAAUUUCAGUUCUCUUCA